CUGGGUAUAGCUCCCGCGCUCAUAUCGCGAAGGGUAGUCCGAAGCGCGCACGCGUUUGCCGCGGUAAAAUUAAUUAAAAAAAGUUUUGUAAACAGCCAGUUUUAAUUUUCCAUUUAUGUAAAGAUUUGAGUUGCGAAACUUUAAAAAAGUUAAGAUGACGACGUUCAUAAGGAAAAUGUGGAAAAAUCGCUCCAAACAUAAAAAACUAGAAGAAUGGGCGCUAGCCGAAUGCGAGGGCGAGAGUUGGUGGCGUGAGGCUCGGGAGUCAACCGGCAAAGAUGCCUCGGUGGAUGUGCGGUACGCUGGCAUGGUGCCCGUCGAGCGCGCCGCCUCCGCGCCCGCUACCGCCAUCGCUGUCCGCUCCGCCUUACACUCCGCCAAGACUCUGAACAAAAAACUGCAGCGAGUGAGCCUGGACAUUAGCUCAAAGGGCAUCGUGGUCACUGAUGCCGACACUCACGACAAUGUGCUUAGCAUAUCCAUCUACAGGAUCUCGUACUGCUCAGCGGACGCAGCUAACGCUCGUGUGUUUGCGGUGGUGGAGGGGCGCGGCUGCGAGCACGUCGCGCACGUGUUCACGUGCCCGCGCAGCCGGCACGCUCGCGCGCUUGCGUUGGCUCUUGCGCACGCCUUUAAUGACGCCUACCAGGCAUGGCAGAAUAACCACCAAGGCAACUCCUUACAGCGCAACGACAAACGCUCAUCACCUUGGGAGCGGUUUCCUCCAGAGUCCGACGAAGAAGAAUUGGAAGACGAGCAGUGGCAGGCGCAGGCUCCUCUGGUCACUUUCGCGUAAACUUUCCAUAACAA